GUCGCGCGUAGAGCCGGCGCGAUGCACAUGCGCUCGCUGCGCGCCGCGGCGCCGCACAGUUUCGUGGCGCUCUGGGCGCCGCUGUUCCUUCUGCGCUCCGCCCUGGCCGACUUCAGCCUGGACAACGAGGUGCACUCGAGCUUUAUCCACCGGCGCCUCCGCAGUCAGGAGCGCCGAGAGAUGCAGCGCGAGAUCCUCUCCAUCUUGGGCUUGCCCCAUCGCCCGCGCCCCCACCUCCAGGGCAAGCACAACUCGGCGCCCAUGUUCAUGCUGGACCUGUACAAUGCCAUGGCGGUGGAGGAGGGCGGCGGGCCCGACGGCCAGGGCUUCUCCUACCCCUACAAGGCCGUCUUCAGUACCCAGGGCCCCCCUCUGGCCAGCCUGCAAGAUAGCCACUUCCUCACCGACGCCGACAUGGUCAUGAGCUUCGUCAACCUCGUGGAACAUGACAAAGAGUUCUUCCACCCGCGCUACCACCACCGGGAGUUCCGGUUUGAUCUCUCCAAGAUCCCAGAAGGGGAGGCCGUGACUGCAGCUGAGUUCCGGAUUUACAAGGACUACAUCCGGGAACACUUCCACAAUGAGACAUUCCGGAUCAGUGUCUACCAGGUGUUGCAAGAGCACUUGGGCAGGGAGUCCGACCUGUUCCUGCUCGACAGCCGCACCCUCUGGGCCUCAGAGGAGGGCUGGCUCGUUUUUGACAUCACGGCCACCAGCAACCACUGGGUAGUCAACCCGCGGCACAACCUGGGCCUGCAGUUGUCGGUAGAGACUCUGGACGGGCAGAGCAUCAACCCCAAGUUGGCAGGCCUGAUCGGGCGGCAGGGGCCCCAGAACAAGCAGCCCUUCAUGGUGGCCUUCUUCAAGGCCACUGAAGUCCACCUCCGCAGCACCCGCUCCACAGGAGGCAAGCAGCGCAGCCAGAAUCGCUCCAAGACGCCCAAGAACCAGGAAGCCCUGCGGGUGGCCAAUGUCGCAGAAAACAGCAGCAGCGACCAGAGGCAGGCAUGUAAGAAGCACGAGCUAUACGUCAGCUUCCGGGACCUGGGCUGGCAGGACUGGAUCAUUGCACCCGAAGGCUAUGCUGCCUACUACUGUGAGGGGGAGUGCGCCUUCCCUCUGAAUUCCUACAUGAACGCCACCAACCACGCCAUUGUGCAGACGCUGGUACACUUCAUCAACCCGGAAACGGUGCCCAAGCCUUGCUGUGCUCCGACUCAGCUCAAUGCCAUCUCCGUGCUCUACUUCGAUGACAGCUCCAACGUCAUCCUGAAGAAAUACAGAAACAUGGUUGUCCGGGCUUGUGGCUGCCACUAGCUCUUCCUGGAAGUCACACGCUUCCGGGUCACGUUUUUCUGGAUCCUGGGUCUCUCACCGUCCAGCACCUCCCACUGCCUCGGCGAGGAGCCAGCAGACCACCUGCAUUUUGUGAGGCCUUCCCGUUCCCUCUCCCCAACCAUAAUGCUGUUAGGAGUGUUAAGGAAUUUGAGAGGCAGAUGGCUUUUGAUCCGUUUUUCAUCAGCAUCCUACGGACAAGAUCGUACAAGCUGCUGCAGGCAAAACCUAACAGGAAAAAAAUAUAUAUAUCAAGAAAAAUUGCUGGGCCCCGAUCGCUGGCUGUGAAGUCUCAGCCGUGUACCGACUCGUUCCCAGGGGUAAUUACGACACCCUUCAGCCCGGCCACCAGCAGCGGGAGGAAGGGGGUGUGGCCAGGGGUGGGCACGCUCUUGUUUGUGUGAGAGGAAGUCCAACGCAGAAGUCCCUGUAAUAAAUGUCACAAUAAAACGAAUGAAUGAAAAUGGUUAGGAUGGUACAGAUAUAUUUUCCUAAACGAUUUAUCCCCAUUUCUUGGUUUACUCUGAUUUCAUAAACAGAAGCUGUGGCUGGCGGGGAGAAUGGAGGCCCCCUUUCUGUGCCAUUCCAGUUUCAUUCUGAGGCUUGCCCAGGCCCGCUGUUUAUGUAGACUACCCCAAAGCCAAGAUUUGGCCAGCGAAGGAGAGGGAAAAUUUCUCCUUGGAGUUGCGAGUGUGUUGACCUUGAAGGAUAAAUAGGUUCCAUCAUUCAGCCGGGUGCCUGGUGGCAGAAAUUAAGAUAAGUGUGAAGCACUGGCAGACACUUGGAUUUAGUUUUCCGACUCUCCCCCCAGUAGGAAGUCAGUGAGAGGUGGCAGUCAGAGGAGAAAAGCAGUCAGGACAAAACUUGCAGCUCAAUCCUAAGUUAGGGCCACCAUAGCCCUAUUUUAAGAAGCACACUAGCUCUUAACAGGGGUGGGUGGGCAGGAGGGUCAUCCAUCCCCCAAGCAGACUCCUUUAUUGAUAGCAGCAUCCUAAAGUCUGGGCUCUGACGAGGGCCUCUGUAGUCACUGGGUUUCGUUCGCAGACCCCUAUGGGAGGACCCUGCAAAAGAAUCAGCCCCUGGAAGCAAGGGAAAGAUGACACAGUGGGAGGUCUGUUGGGAGCAGGAUGUGCAGUUACGCAUCUCAAAUGGAAGGCUGAGGAAGCUGUCUUGAGAGUGUCCUGACUGGAAGGUACCAUUUCUGAUGUGGCCCUUGGCACACGCCUCCCUCACCUUAGCCAGAAGGUCCCCAGCCUCCAGCUGCACCAUGGGCCCUGGAGACCACCAGGCUGUCUGUGAACAAAGAACAAGGUUAUCCAGGUGACGCCUGCAGCCCCUUGGAUCUGGUCUAGUGAAGAACUGUCUCUCCAUGUUGAUUAAGUUGGUUCCUGGAAAAACGGGGCCCUGUUUUAAUUUUCUUUUUUCUUCUUCAGUAGCUUGGGCUGCAGCCUUCACUCUGCCUUGUCAAUGGGGAAGAGUUGCUGUUUUUGUUACAUUUUGUUUUGUCUGUUGACAGAUCUGGGGAUCUGGCGUGAUUCCCUCUUGCUGCAAGCUUUUACACCACGUACACCCCUAGCAUCAUUUGUACACUGAAACCUGUAAAUAGCUGUUACAAAACAAAGAAAUUAUUUAUGUCCAUCUGAAGCUCAUUUUAGACCCUCUCCAAUCCCUUGUUCAGGACAACAAGCUUGCUUUCCUCCAACCUGUUUAUUUUCUUAUUUAAGACUAUUUAUUAAAUGGUCAGACCGAUGUACCUUCAGCCAUUGCAUAGAGCAGUCCUCAGAGAAAAUGCUGUAUAUAGACAAAAUAA